AUGGCUUGGCCCGCUGGCUUCUCUGUGGCCAAGGUCCGUUCCGAUCUGGCUGAGCCGAAACCAUUCCCCACCCGCACCCAAACCCAACCAACGGCCACCAUGGCAGCACCGCCGCCGCCGCCGCCGGCGCUCCCGGACGACGUCGUCGUCGAAGAGAUCCUCCUCCGCCUCCCGCCCGACGACCCAGGUUGUCUCUUCCGCGCCUCCCUCGUCUGCAAGGCCUGGAGGAACGCCGUCUCCCAUCCCCGCUUCCGCCGCCGCUACAUCGGGCUCCACCGCCACCGGGCACCCCCCGUGCUCGGCUUCCUCCACGACUGGGAAGACGGGGGCAUCCCAGACUUCUUCCCCACCACCGCCUCGCCCUUCUCCCUCGCCGCUCCAGACCGCCGGUUCUGGCGCCCCGUCGACUGCCGCCAUGGCCGCGCCCUCUUCCUCUCCGACCGCCGCCAGGAAACUCAGGAACUCCUCUUGUGGGAGCCAAUCACGGGCGCCCGUCGGGGCAUACCGGUGCCCGCGGCGUUCAGGUGCCAGUGGCCGGCCGCGGCAGUGUUCUGCACAGCGGACUGGUGCGACCACCGCGACUGUGCAGGAGGUCCCUUCGGCGUGGUCUUCCUCUUCGCCGGCGAACAAGACCGGCACGUUGUCACAUCGGCGUGCUUGUACUCGUCGGAGACUGGCACAUGGGGCAAGCUGAACUCGAGGCAAGAUGAGUUCACCAUGGAAUUUCAGAACCAUUCCAGCGUGCUGGUUGGGAGGUCUCUGCUCUACUUCCUGUCCGACGGUGGGACGAUCCUGGAGUACAAUUUGGACAGUGGUGUACUGGCUGUGUUGGAUAGACCACCUGACGAUUACGGCAGGGGCCGCCAAAGAUUUAACCUCAUGCUGGCGGAGGAUGGUGGACUGGGGGUUGCCGAAGCCAUUGAUUUUCAGCUCAUAUUGUGGAAAAGGGAGGCGAGUGAUGGCACUGAUGCACGAUGGGUGCUGAGCCGGAUCGUCGACAUGGACAGUUUCUUCGACCCAGUCACACUUGCUCCAGUGUUGGGCUUUGCGGAGGGAGCAAAUGCUAUUUUUGUUAAAACUAUUUAUAGCCUCUUCAUGGUUGAGCUACAGUCGGAGCAGGCGAAAAUUGUGUGUUCUAGUCCUGGUUUCUGUAAUUUGAUUCCAGUUGUCGGCUUCUACACUCCACAUUCUAGGCUCCAAGUGCCCGGUGGUGAACACCACAGCCCAGCGCCAUGGCUGAAACAACUGGGAAGGGGUGGUCAGCAAGGGGUCUGGGAGGAGAAAUCACUAGAAUGGGCGCAGGUGCUGUUUGAUGAGGGGUGCAUGGCUAUCAAUGAGAAGGACUUGGCCUACACGGCUGACUGCUUCAGACAUGUUCUCGAGAUCAGGGUUCGACAUUAUGGAGGCCUUGCUCCUGAGUGUGCUAACACGUUUUACCAUUAUGGAGGUGCCUUGUUAUGCAAAGCUCGGGAGGCAGCCAAUCGUUCAGGGACAAACUUGCGUGGCAAAGGUCAGACGGAUGGGAACAUGACAGGCGAUGGAGAUGAUUCUGUUUUGGAUUUGGCCUGGAAAAUGUUGAAUACUGCAAGGGUGAUAGUUGCCAAGAGUCCAGAGAAGACAAUGGAGAAGGUUAAUAUAUUGAAUGCUCUAGCUGAAAUCUCCAUGACAAGAGAGGACAGAGACAAAUCAAUCGGUUACUACUUCGAAGCUUUAGCGAUCUUGGAACAUUUGGUUGGGCCUGACCAUUUUCGAAUUGUCGAUCUAAACCUCCGCAUAGGUUUGGCAUCCAAGGUUGGAGAUGCAAUCAGAUAUAGUACAAAGGCUAUUUCAUUAUGCAUGUCGCAUAUACAUAAUCUGGAAAUUGCCAAGGAAGCUUUGUUGGCUGAUAUACAUAAUCUGAAAAUUGCCAAGGAAGCUUUGUUGGCUGAUAUACAUAAUCUGAAAAUUGCCAAGGAAGCUUUGUUGGCUGAUAAAGACCUUAGAGCAUCUGCUGCUAAAGGACACUCAGGAAAGUCGACUCUGGAAGAUGAUAUAUCUUACCUUGCUAGAAUGUCGUCUCGAGUCCAGAAGAAGCUUGAAGAACUGAAGCAAGCAAUGCCAACCCCAAGCGACGGCAUGGAUAAUAUUAUGAAGAGGGUGGUCUCACAGGCAAGUCAUGAGCAGAAUGUUAAGAAUACUAUGGCAAGAACUGCAUCUUUGACUUGUUCACAGAUGACACGAUCAAACAACAGUUUCCAUUCCCCAACUAUGUCAACGGCAGCACCAAGAGGAAGCACUGGAAGUAGCGUAACCAACUUUGAGAUUGUUGGCAGAGACAUGAAACGAGCUAAAGAUGAGUCGAUCUCCUACGAACCUUCUCCAAAGAGACUUGCGAAACCAUUUUGGACGUUACUGUAG